AUGAAAUUCUCCACUGUUUUGUUAUCUGCCGGUUUGGCCUCGACCACUUUGGCUCAAUUCUCUAACAGCACCGCUGCUUCUUCCACUAGUUCUUCUAGUUCCUCCGUUUCCAUCACAUCUUCUGCCACCUCAGACGCUGAUAACGGUACUACCACUGCUAUCCCAACAGAUGCUCCAACCACCGCUCUACCAACCAACGGCACCACCACUGACGUACCACCAACCACAUCCGAAGCUCCAACCACUCAACUUCCAACCAACGGUACCACCAGUGCUUUCCCACCAACCUCAUCUCUAGGUCCAAGCAACACCACUAGUACUCCUCCUUACGACCCAUCCACUUCCUACACCACUGACUUUACCGUCGUCACUGAAUACACUACCUACUGUCCUGAACCAACCACUUUCACUCAGAAUGGUAAGACUUACACCGUCACUGAACCAACUACAUUGACCAUCACUGACUGUCCAUGUACUAUUGAAAAGCCAACCACUACCUCAACCACUGAGUACACUGUUGUCACUGAAUACACUACAUACUGUCCAGAACCAACCACUUUCACUCAAAACGGUAAGACUUACACAGCUACUGAACCAACCACUUUCACCAUCACUGACUGUCCAUGUACCGUCGAAAAGACUGAAACUCCAAAAUCUUCUGCUGCUCCCUCUACUGUCAAGCCAAGUCAUUCUAUUUCCACCGUUGUUCCAGUUCCAUCUUCAACCUCCUCCCACUCCGUCGUUAUCAACAGUAACGGUGCCAACGCCGUUGUCCCAGGUGCUUUAGGUUUGGCUGGUGUUGCUAUGCUAUUCUUAUAA